AGAGCUGGACACGUUGACACAAACAAGUAAAACAAAGUUUCAGAAGUUUGCAGACGAGAUCAAACAAAGAGCAAAAGCAGUAGUGGCCGCAGAAGCAAAGCUAGGUAAAAAAAGAAGAAAGGUAGAAGACGACAUAAAACUAUUGCAACAACGUCUAGAAGAUGAAAAGAAAUCUAUGAAGAACGUUUACAAAUUUCAGUGUGGCCAAGUCAAAUUGAAUGUGGGAGGUCACAAGUUCACCACAUCUCUCACAACACUGAGGAGUCAACCAGACUCUAUGCUAGCAGUUAUGUUUAGUGGACGUCAUCAACUCGCGACUGAUGAAGAUGGAGCUUACUUUAUUGAUAGAGAUGGUACACAUUACAGGCAUAUUCUCAAUUACUUAAGAGAUGAUACCAAUCUUGAGGAGACUCUUCCACAAACAAAAAGAGAGCAAAUUGAGCUUCUCAAAGAGGCUCAAUACUGUCAACUGAAUAAACUUGAAACUAAAAUUAGGAUGAAGAUGUUGCCACGUGUUACUCAAGAGCAGCUGAAUAUGGGUUUUGUAAACUACCAAUAUAACCAGUCUGUCUACCAACUACUCCAGCAUAUCCAGCAUCCCCAGAAUCGUUUCAUAUCUGAUGGUGGAUGCCUACUAGAGACAGCAAGACUAGCUAGUCAGUCAUUGUCACGUGAAGAGCAUGAUUUGUCUGAAUUGAACUUUUCAAACACACACUUUUCUUGUGCUGGAAUUUCCUUCAAAAGAUCAUGUUUGCGACAAGCAAACUUCUCUGGGUGCUGCUUUGAACCUCAUUACCCAGUUGACUUUUCUGGUACUGAUCUAUCAGAAGCUGACUUCCGACGUUGUGCUGGUCUCAUCACAGGAGGAGUCAAUUUCAAAGGGGCCAUAUUAGACAACACAAAGUUUGAUGGUGGUGUGGAACAAAAACUGCUUGCAAAACUACAGUCUGAAGACAAAUAA